UCAUUACAACGGGAGACCGAGUUUCAGCUUUUACCAAAGUCGUGCUAACAUGCGGUUCACCAUGAUUACGCGGAGGAGUAUUGCUUUUUUGUGUCUUACGUACUUAACGCUCUCGAGUGCUGAACUCUACGGCUUGAACAAACUUCGUUCUUAUGCGAAAUAUUUCGAUUGGAAUACUUUCGGCAAUUCAUCGGAGAAUGAAUUAUGGAAAGGCCUGAUCAGAGAUUGCAGUCGGAAAAUGUCAUUCUCAUGCAUUCAAAAGAAUGCUUACACUUACUUGGAUAAUACUUUUAUUGAGCUCGACAACAUAACGGUUUUCGAUGGCUUCGUCUUGACGAAAAACAACCUCGACUAUGAUUCCAUGUCAAGACAAUCAACGAUCAGCACCGACGUAGCCGAGAAUUUGAUCGAGGCGUCCGAUGAACAAAAACGAUCUGAAUCAUCCAAGCAAGGUGAUGAUCGUCCGGAAGCUAGAAUCGAACCUGAAGAGGAAGCACCGGAACAGGAAGAGUACAAAACUCCUCUGGAAGAAAUAACCAGUGCCCUCCGUAACAAGACAGUAAAAUUCCUUUCGACACGUGACUACGAACUCCAGUUGCCUGAUUUCAUUUUCGAGGGUUCAACCAUCAAAAUAAGUCCACGUGAGAUAGAUGACAACGGUGCACUAUUUCGCGUAGAUUUCGGUCAACGAGGACUUCAGUCCGAAGGAAGGAUCUUCAAAAAAAUAAAAAAAUUCAUCCAGAAUAAACUGCUCAUGGCCUUUUUCGCUCUGAUCCUCAUCAUCAAACUGAUAAAGGUUAAAUUCUUGUUCGUCAUACCAUUCCUAUUCGGGAUUGGAGCAGCGAAGAAACUCUUCUUGAAACUCUUGCUCUUCUUAGUGCCAGCUUUUGCUCAUGUAUUCAAGCUCUGCUCGAGUUACUAUUCUAAUAAAGCCAAUCGGUUUCAUCAUCAUCAUCACCAGAUUGCUCAUCAUCAUCACCACGUACCGGUCCCUGUACCUGUGCCCACUUACUAUGCCCCUAAUCAUCAUCACCACCAACCUCAUCAUGGGGAAGAACACGAGGGUUAUGAAUAUUCUCAUCCCCACAUUCAAUUGCGCAAAGACAUAGAAGAGUUGAAGGAAUGGGGUAUCAAACCAAUGGACGAGCCUUUUGAUGAGCUCGAAGUCGAUCACGCAGCAUUGCCAUCGGUUUAUCCAGGCAAUUCUUUUGCUGCACCUCCACAUGGUCCAGCCUCAAGAUCACCUGCUGGUUUUCCUUUCCAUGACAAAUAUCCAGGCCCAGUUCAGUCUCAUGCUCAGAGCUUGGCUUACAGUGGAUACGUUGACGAGUAUGCGAAAUUGAAUCGCAGGAUUGCCCCGCAGUUCCCAAUUACCGGAACGACGGUAGCUCAAGUUUCGCAGGUUCCUCCUGGCCCUAUAAAUAUUCAGCUGCCAGCUACGAGCUCCGUCAAUGUAGUGGCUUCGAAUCUGCCGACUGCAACUGUCAGGACGAUCUCUAAGACACCGUACCCGGUUUAUCCUCAGCCACAAAAAUCGAACGUCCCUCAACAAGUUUUGGAUCAUCACGUCACCGGGCCGGUUCAACAAGGACACGGGCAAAGAGUUGCACCACAAAUACAAAUCCGUGGGAAUAAUCCUACUAGCAUUUCGUCUCCUGGCGUGCACCACUCGAACAACGCUGCUGCCUAUGACGAUCCUUUUUAUGGACCCAUCCUAGAGAGACUCGAUGACAUCUUCGCCCAGCUAAGAUUCGCCGAGGAGAAUUGUAGAGAAAGGCUCAUCUGCAGCAUGUACAAAAACCCAACGCAGUAUUCACCGCACAGCAAUCUCGUGUCCAACGAACUGUCGAGAGAUCCUCAGGAACUCAAGCAUGGUGGAACCGGAAGUAACUCCAGUCACAGAUUCAACCGAUAUGUCAACGCUGCGAGACUCGGUCAGGAAGGCGGCGACUGUCUUCGCACAUACCCCUGUCAAAUAAAUACCGAAUAGAUUUUCUGGGACGGAAAAUCUACGGAAUUGAUGACUGGCCCGAACAUUGAAACAAUAGAAAAUACUUAACUCGAGUAACGUGAGAACUACCUCUCCUGUACUCCAAUCGACGAUUGAAAGCGCGAAUUACCAACGCCAACUCUGUUCAGAACAGACAUUCAGAAAUUUUGUAAUCUUAUGAACUCAUUUGCUCAAUCACCACUCUCCGCUGACUUAUUUGCUACUUUUGACAGUGCAGAUUCUCAAAGUAAUUCUCAAUGAUUCUCUUCAGGCAAAAAAAAAAACAUUUGUAAAGAUUAGCAGCAGCUGAAAGCACUGAGAAUUUAGAUAAUUUUUCCAUAAAAUAUAAAAGUAGUAAAAAAGUGACUGCAUGACAGUACAGAAGUUUUUAGUUUGACGAAAAUUCGUUGUUGUCUCUCUCUCUCUCUCUCUUUUCAUGUGAACAGAUGCUCGUCACAAAUGAAUAUCGAUAAUCAAAAGAUCGAAUGUGUAUUACUAUCAUUUUUGAUAAAAGUGGUAUUGCAUUGAUAAUUUGCGUCUUCAACAGAAUAUUGGUGUCGAAGGCACCGACUUGUUAAUAGCUAUACAUAAAAAAUUUCGUUACGAGGCUCUGUUAAAAGUAGACAAUUUACGUGAUAACGUUGCGAAUGUUUGUAAUCCUUCGAAAAUUUGCGAUAUGUAAAUGAUCAACUACUUUUUAACAUGGUAGCCAUGACUUAACGAAAUGCAGGACCGAUCAAAACCAGAAAACUAUGCUCGCUCAUUUAACAAAUAUUUAUAAUUCAUAGAAACAAAAUGUGCAUACGAAUUUAACUUAACUCACCUAAUUAUACGAGUAGGAAAAAAUAUGGUAAUUGUUAUUUUCGAGUACGUUGCAAUGAAACCAACAUAUUUUCAUGCAAUUAUUUAUUUAUUUAUUUAUUUAUUUAUAAUCAUUCGGGUGCCAUACCCAACUAAUUUUAAGUAUUUAUCAGGCUUAAGCGUACGACAGAAAAUGUGCCGUUCUGGAAGAAUUUUAUUGGGAAUGUGAGCGUUAUUGAUAUUGAUUG